AUGGUUGGUGAGAGAUUUAAGGAUAAGGUUGCAUUGAUAACUGGUUCAACUUCUGGAAUUGGUCAAGCUGUUGCUAUUUUAUUUGCCAGUGAAGGCGCAAAAAUUGUGAUCCAUGGAAAACCGGAAGAUGGUUUGGGAGCAACGAGAAAAUUAUGUUUGGAUGCUGGAGCUGCUCCUUGGGAUAUUAUGGAAAUUCUUGGAGAUGUCACUGACAAAACAUUUGUUGACCAACUUGUUGAUGAAACAAUUAGUCGUUUUGGAAAACUUAACAUCCUUGUUAACAAUGUUGGUGCCCUUGUUCUUGAUCCAACUGGAGCGCAAGGUUGGGAUAUGUCAGUUGAUGUAAUGGACAAAUCAAUGAACUUGAAUUUCCGACAGUGAGCUCCUUGAUUUUUUAAAAAAUCUAUUUGCGAAAACAUUUUAGCGUUCUCUUGGUAACCCAAAAAGCGAUCAAACAUCUUGUCGAACAAAAAGGGGAUAUUGUGAAUGUCUCAACAUUUUUGACGACUCCAACAUUGGGAAUUAUGUCAAUGCCAUAUUAUGGAGUUGCAAAAUCCGCAUUGGAUCAAAUGAGCAGAUCAAUGGCUCAUGAAUAUAUGUUGAAGGGUGUUAGAGUCAACACUGUAAAGUAAGUCGUUUUCUGAAAACGAUAACAACUAUGUUUGAUUUCCAAAAAAACAUUAAAGCGUGAACUUUUUGUGGAAAUUCGAAACUUUUCAUUCUCAUUUCUAUUUUCUCCAAAAAAAACUAAAAUUUCUAGCCCCGGCCUGGUUGCAACAUCAUUCUUCGCAAGACUCGGGCCUGGAGCUGAGAAAGCUAGAAAGAUGGAAGCAUACAUUGCUAGCAACCCUGACUUUAUUCCCUUGGGAAAAGUUUCGACUCCGGUAGAUGUUGCAAAAACUAUUGCAUUUCUAGCUGACAGGUUUGAAUUAUUUUUCAAUGUAGCUUUAUUUGAUGUGUGAUUUCAGGAAUCAGUCGGAAUUGAUUGUUGGUCAAUCAAUCUACAUGGAUGGUGGAUCCAGACUUUGCUGUCCAAUUGAUAUGUCAGAUUUCAAACAACAUAUGUAA